AUGAUAUCAUCAUCAUCAUCACCACUAACUCAUUCACUCUUCUCACUCCUUGUAAAUUCCAUUUUUAACAACAACAAAGAUCCACACCAUCGAUGGAACCCUCUCGACACCACCGUGUCGCUUUUUGAAAUACCCAAAACCGAUCUUUCAACCUCUCAACAAGACCACAAUUCUGUAUAUAACGUUCAUGUCACGAAUGGCAGCAAAUUUCCUGUCAAUGUGUUCAAUUUAACGGUCCAACCUGUAUCUCCCUAUGACAUUACCUUCUUCUCGAUUGGAUUAUUAAUUUGUGUGGUGAAUAUUUUCUUCGCGUUCUGUGUCUUGUUGAAUCAUCGAUUUCGAGCAGUGAGAAGCAAACAACCGAAAAUGAUGGCAACCAGUGUCGUGUUUGGCACUGUUGCUUUCAUUUCCUAUGCCUAUACCAAUACGAUCAUCACGAAUCAUCCACAUUUGUGUGUUUUGGUGAAUAUUUGGUUACUAUUACUGUCCUUGAUGGGAUGGAUCUGUUGUAUUAUUGUGAGAUUACUCACGAUAUUUAUCUUGUUUAAUGUCAUGGUCAAGUACAAUAUCAAGCGAAAAAUUCCAACCUUUUUGUGGUUUCUCUUCUUGAUGGUGCCAGUUGUCAUUUGCUGUAUUGUUUCAACCGUGCUCGAUCAUAAUACGUUUGUUCACCCAGAUGCAUCUUGUACCUUCAGUACAGGAGGCUUUUCCAUCUUUGUUGCUCUCGUUGGAUUUUAUGUGAUUUUACUAUUGCUCAUUUCUAUCCUAACCAUUAAUAUUCGAAGAGCUUACAAAGACACCAAGAUUGAAGUGAUCAUGCUUGUGCUUGUCAUAUUCUGCACCAUCAUUAUAGCAGUGUGUUAUUCCAUUCGAUUGAAUCGAUUAAUUCCCAUUCGAAUUUUAAUUUCCUACAUUCCCCUCUUUUUAUAUUCACUCUACUUUUAUUUGGUCAUGUACAAAGUAGUAUGGUACACCAUACGAAGUUGGUUAGGAUGUAAUAAUUUCAGACGAGAUUGUUCCUAUUUUGAAGAUUGGGACAUGCGAUUCUUCUUGGAUUCUAAUAACACCAUUUUCAGCAAUGAACAAGUGAGACGAGUCAUGAAUUUAGAGACCUCCAAUGUGUUGAGUCAUCAAUUAAUUGGUCGAGACGACGAUUUGGCAAACAGUAUUGCUUCAGGAGCGGGUAUGGACGAGGACAAUUUUUCAACCCACUCAUCGACCUUAAUGAAACGUUUUGGCUCUUCGUAUUACAUUCCUGAGUCGAGUGCCAAUAGUGCAGAUGUGGCAUUGGUGAAUAAUAACACUCCGCCACAACCUCGAGUUCGUAACCAAACGGCCUUCAGAAGUAUUUGGAAGGCUAUGGGACAAGGCGUGGCAAAAACCUAUGUCGAUGGAGAUCAAGUCGUUACUCAACAAGAUAUAUUAAGGCAAACAGUAGUGAACAAUAUGAAUAUUAAUUUAGAUGAUGAAUAUUAUUCACCACACAAGAGAAGUAAUACUAUUCAACAGAGUGGUCAGAAGGAGUAA